AUGACGGUAUCAAUCAAGAAAAUAGACAAGCCUACCAUUUUUGUAGCUCCCCUGUCGAAUUGGUUGGAAAUCGAGGAUUUAUUAACACGAGUGAUCAAUCGGGCUUAUGAUAAGCCAAGAUAUAAAUAUAAUAUAAUAUUAACACCAAGAAUAAAGUACGGGCUUGCUCAAGACUUUGUCAUCGAAGAUAUUAAUAAAGCGAUUCUUGCAAUUUGGGUGGUUCCAUCAACUGGCAAAAACAUCAAGGUCGAACAAGGAGACGACAAGGAUACAGUCACAAGAAAAUUAAUUGAGAAUUAUCCGAUUGGAACGUUGGAUCUAGAUAAUACUUUAAUCGAAACGGAAAUAACACCACUUUUAACAAAAGAGUCAUUGAAAACGCUAGAAGGAAGAAUCUUAGCAACUGUUUGUUUAAAAAGCUACGCCAAUGAUAAAAAUGGGAUGGAAAUCACAGGGUUUACAUCUUUUUAUCCUAAUCUUUCUUCACAACUGAUGCUGUUUGCCAGAAACUACAGUUUGGAACACCACAAUGUGCAAAAAUUAUGGGUUGAGGUUGUGCAGGAACACGAUCUCGUGCCAUAUUACGAAAAGCAGGGAUUCACACUCUUAGAUUCAAAGUUAUGUGUGGUGAACACGAAAACACACAAGUCCGCAGAUCAACCAUUGGAGAAUGGAAUCGAAGCAUCUCAAAAUUUUCAUGUCGCUCUAAUGAGCAUGCGUACUACUAAAGCUUAA